GGUAUGAGAAAACACAGUAGCCAAGCCAAGGCAAAGGAGGGAGGAGAAGAGAAACACAACGUACCCCACUUAUCUUUCUCACUUUCUCUCUCUCUCUCUCUCGCUCUCUCUCUAGGUUAACCUGAUACCUACUUACAAAAAGACGAACUCCUUUCUUGCCCUAAUAAAAAAGAAUCAGAGAAUGCUCUACAUCUACUCUACAUUUUUAUAUAUGCUCAUUUAUGGUCACUACCCAGAACAUGUAUUACUUCUCUUUUUGGGGUUAAUAUAAGUUGAUAAGCAAAGCAAAUACUAUUACUAUUACUACUUGUAACCACAAAAAAGCAAAAGAAAAGGAAAAGGGGAAACAUGGGAAGAGGCAAAGUGGAGCUGAAGAGGAUAGAGAACAAAAUAAAUCGACAAGUCACUUUUGCUAAGAGGAGAAAUGGGUUGCUCAAGAAGGCUUACGAGCUCUCAGUCCUUUGUGAUGCAGAGAUUGCUCUCAUCAUCUUCUCUGCUCGUGGCAAGCUCUAUGAGUUCUGUAGCAGCUCUAGCAUGGUGAAGACACUUGAGAGAUACCAAAGGGUGAGUUAUGAGGCACUGGAAGCAACUCAAACAGCAAGAGAUAAGCAGAAUAACUACCAAGAUUACUUAAAGCUCAAAUCAAAAGUUGAGAUCCUACAACAUUCUCAGAGACAUCUUCUUGGUGAAGAAUUAGGAGAUUUGGGCACCAAAGAACUCGAGCAACUCGAGCAUCAACUUGAUAUGUCAUUGAGGCAAGUUAGAUCUACAAAGACCCAGUUUAUGAUUGAUCAGCUUUCUGAACUUAGAAAGAAGGAGGAGAUGCUGAUGGACACCAACAGAGUCCUAAGAAGAAAGUUGGAGGCAAGUGAUGCAGCCCUUCAACCCCACUCCUGGGAAACUACCGAUCACAACAUUCCUUUCUCCCGGGAGCUUACUAACCCAGAUGCCUUUUACCAACCUCUACAAUGCAACAACACUUUGCAGAUUGGCUAUAAUCCUGCAGUGACGGCAGAUGAGAUGAUCAUCGCAAGCUCGUCGCAGAACAUUAAUGGGUUCAUUCCUGGGUGGAUGCUAUGAUUUUUCAGAACUUCAUACACACAAAUAUUAACUUUUGUCAUUGGAUUUGGAAUUCAAGGAAAUAAGCAGUUGAUGCUACACUCUUACAUAUAUAUAUAUAUAUAUAUGCGUAUGUAUCUAUAUAUUUUCGUAAAACUUAUCAUAAAAGAGACAUGUAAUUGUAUUAUAUAUAUAGAGCAAAUUAAUGCUGUUAGUAAAUAAAGUUGGUUUGUAAGUAAGCUAA